AUGAAGAAGCUGAAUCACAACAACCUUGUAUCUCUCAUAGAAGUCCUCGAUGAUCCUACAGAAGACUCACUAUACAUGGUCAUGGAGAUGUGUAAGAAAGGAGUGAUCAUGAAGGUCGGGCUCGAGGAACGAGCAGAUCCUUAUGAUGACGACCAAUGCCGCUGUUGGUUCCGCGAUCUGAUUUUAGGAAUCGAAUACCUACAUGCGCAGGGUAUUGUACAUCGCGAUAUCAAACCAGACAAUUGUCUAUUGACGAGUGACGAUGUCUUGAAAGUCGUUGACUUUGGAGUGUCGGAGAUGUUCGAGAAGGAUUCAAACAUGUUUACCGCAAAGUCAGCAGGCUCUCCUGCCUUUCUUCCGCCGGAACUGUGCGUCGUGAGACACGGUGAUGUCUCGGGCAAGGCUACGGACAUAUGGUCUAUGGGGGUCACACUGUACUGCCUUCGAUAUGGCAGGCUCCCAUUCGAGAAGCAAAGUAUCUUUGAGCUUUACGAAGCCAUCAAGAACGACCCUGUUGUAUGCGAGGGAGAGACCGACGAGAACUUCAAGGAUUUGAUGUUCCGAAUCCUGGAAAAGGACCCGGCUAAGCGGAUCACGAUGGAGGAGUUGCGGGAACACCCUUGGGUGACGAAGAAUGGACUUGAUCCUCUUCUACCAGAGAGCGAGAACACCGCUGAGAUCGUCGGUCUGCCCACAGAAGAAGAGAUGAACUCCGCCAUUACGAAAACUAUUGGUCACGUCAUGGCCGUGAUCAAGGCGGUUACGCACUUCAAACGACUGAUAGAUCCGGCAAAGGCAGACCCGCCCAUGCAGAGCAUCCUUGGUCAAGAAUACGAGACGCACUUUGUUGAGCCUCCAAUGGAGAUGGAGCCAGAGGAGAGCUUCACAGCCAGCGGCAAUAUGCCCAUGCUCAACAAGAGCCAGAGUCUGAACAUGUAUAAUAGGCGACCUUGGGAACGUGAUAACGUGUUGCAAGGCUUCCAUCAGCGUCGCGACGAUCUAAUUCCCAACCAGCUUACCGACAGCAGCGAGUCUCUCAGCCAUCACAGUAAACCCGGACCUGCGCCAGGCAACAACGGCAGAAUUGCUUCCAGAAUGGAGCCUGAACGGAAAGAUUCCGGGUCUAUUCGCAGUCACAAUAUCGCCGGAGGGUCGAUUGACGAGUUCCAAUCCAACUCCAACCCUCAGUCCCCGUCUCCUUUCGUCCCGCUAUCCCGGGCUAGCUCGGUCACCACAAAGCGCAGCGUUGAAGGAACCCGUGGCCAUGCACGCGAUCCUCUGGAGGAGGAAUUCCCGUUCCUAUACAUCGGACCAUCAACAUACACCGGCUCGUCCAACGAACCCAACAUGGAUGCUGACACCGAUCCCAUCUUCGAAGAACCUGACAACAUGAUAUCUGCCGAACCCGACGAGAUGGACGUCGACGUAUCCCAUCCAAUUGUAAGCGAGUCUCCCGGUGCCGCUGAUUUCGACAUCUACGAGACCGCCUAUCGACAAGAAAUUGAACGCAUCCGGACCCGCACCCUUCCCCGGCAAGGCACCAUUCCCAAGAUGUACCUCACCCGCCGCGUGGAAGGACGAGACGAUGUGAAGAAACUCGUGGGACAACAUAGCCCCGAUUCACCUAUAGCAUCAGGCCGAAAGAACACAGGCCUAAGCCUGAGCUCUGCAGUUAGCGCCAUCAGACUUCAAUUGGAGCAACAACAGCGACAACAAGAACAAAAAGCACAGCAGGCUGCAGAGAAUCAAAAACCGGCCCCACUUCGCCCAUCUGUGCCAUCUGCCUCGGGCGGCAUUCCGGAGCCAGUCGCAUCGUUGUCUGCGGCGGCUGGUACCACCACGACUAGUGGCCCUGAGACAUCUGAUCCAUCAGAUAUCUCCUCGACAACCAGAUUAAGGUCCUUGCUUGAUCGGGUCAGGAGUAGUCAGGACCCGUGA